GGGGUAUGUUAAGCCAUGUGCGUCCAUGUGGUAUGUCUUUCUCUCUUUAGCCCCACUCUUUACUUCUCUUCUUUUUCCUUUGAUCUAUUAAAUGACUCCACACUCUCAUUUCCUCUAUUAAUUCUCCACUUCAUCAAUCUAAUCUCUUUCCCUCUCUCUCAUUCCUUCCUAGCUAGGGUUUCAGAUACAAUCGAGCUACUUGGAUAUUCAAAAACAGAAACAAGCGUAAGGAUGAACACGUAUGAUAUGGUAAAGCAAGAAUUUAUCAAGAAAUGGAUAACAACUCUCCACAUGUUGGAUUCUUCCGUUGAACAUUCCAUGAACGUAACCGAGAGGAAAAACGCGAUAAGACUAUCAUCGGACAUAGCAAUAGCAGCCACAAGAAGCGGCGCAACCAUAUGGAGCCGUGCUCUCAUUUCUAGGACCGGAAAGCACACGACAACCUGCAAACCCGUGGCUCAUAGAAUACUUAAGAAAGCUCGGAACCGGAUUAAGAAUCGUUGUACCACUAUUACACGAAAUGGCCAAUUUGGGGCGAAAAUGAGAGUGAGAAAACGUACGGAAUUGCUCAAGAGUCUAGUACCAGGAGGCGAGUUGAUAGACGGAAAAGACUGUUUGAUAAGAGAGACACUUGAUUACAUUGUUUAUCUCCAAGCACAAGUGGACGUUAUGCGAACCGUUGCUGCCGUCGAUUCAGUCACCAUGGACUUGUCGAAAAACAAGUAAAUGUGUGUAUGUGCAUGCAUUUCGCACACUUGUAGUUAUGAAGUAGCUAAUGAUUAAUAUGUAAGUCCAUGUACAUAAAUAGGAUAACAGACUAUCAUCUACAGCUUGUGUUCCAAAAAAAAAAAAUCUACAGCUUUCGAAGUGUACAUGUUUAAAUCUAUGGCUUAAUCUCAAAAAUAUUUUGAAGGCC